AUGAAAACGAACGACGAUCCCGAGACGAUCAGACAUGCCGAAGCCCUAAAAAGCCAACAAUAUACCUUCAGAGCUGAACCACAGCUCAUACCACUCCCAGAAUUGGACGCACCAUACGACUCACGCGAGGCCAUCGAGGUCCGCAUCCUGGACAUCCCAGCCAUAGGAGAGGGAGAAGAAUGUACAAAGAAGGUGUCUACUGACACCGAGGAGGCAAAGACGCACGGACCUGACACCUUAAGGGCCGAAGAAGGGCGCGCCGACGCUGCCGGUCGGAAAGAGAAGCAACAUGACAACCCGGCGGAAUGGGAAGAUGGGAAGCAGCCAGAUCCCCCAUCAGAUCGGAUCCGAGAUAGGAGUACACCACAACGAAAGAAGAAUAGCCAGUCCGGGAUGACACCCGACGAACCGAAGAAGGGCGCGCCGGAGGUGCCGACGUCAAACAACCACAACGCCACCUUGCAGACCGAUAUACCGGAAGAAAAAUCGCAACCAAAGCAAUCCAAUCGAAGACGCAGCACGUCGCACGUAGGGAGGAGCGAACACCGCGUCAGAACAAGUAAAAUCGAGAUGGAAAACAGCCCAAUAAGGAUGAGCCCGUCUAACGCUAAGGCUACCAGCGACGACAAAGGCCCGACGACGAACAGCAGACCCCCAUCCCCGACGCCGCUCGAACGGCUGCGCGCCGCAUCGCUUGUCCGACACCCUGGCCACCGCAUCAACGCUGAGCCAAACGUUCCGUCCCCAAGCACGAACCCCUGGUCGGCCUCACGACCGAUCUCGCCAGUCGAACGAUCAGGCAUCAGCUUCGCUCAAAUGGCUGCACGGCCCCCGUCCCCCCCGGCCGGAGCCACAAACAUGCCGGUAAACAUGCCGCAGGUGACAGAGCAGAACGAAGAUGAAGCGCAACAGGUCGUAGAACAGAGCCCACAAGGUGAAACGGCAGACGUAGGGGGUCACGAAGGAGAGGAGACGGACCAAGCGAACACAGAACCAACCAACGUACCCGCGACGGCCGCCACGUCACGCGCAGGUCGCUCGAAGAAGAACAAAGGAAAGGGACGAGCAAAGAAGGCUAAGACAGCGCUAGUAGUGGAGCGUACCGCCGCGAACGAAGCAACGCCCUCGGCGACCACGAACGAAACUACACCCACCGUCGAGUCCACGGAUGGAACGCCCACGAAGGAAGCAACGCCCGUCACGAACGAAGCUACGCCAAAGUCCAUCACGGACAAGGUCACACAGAACUCGAACACGAAGACCGCCGCGCGCGCGCCCCAGCCAGGAGGGACAGAGAACAUCCUAAGGCGGAACGCAAGACUCAUAAGCGAGGCACGUAAGAGGAGACGGAUCUUGACGGAUGUAGGAGGGCAGGAGGACUCGCCCGGCACUGCGAACAGAGAACAAGAGCAAGCCUCUCCCCCACCGCGUAUGUACAUCGAACAACUAGCCUGCACACCUCCUAACUACCCCGAACAUCACUGGCCGGGCACACCGCCAGAUCGACGAGGGAUGACAGACCCCCCCGCUCAAACCUCGUCCGACAAAGACCAAGACGGAGACGUCCGAAUGUACGACAUGGAGCUAGACCCGGACUACGACUCGGAGUACGAGUACGCGAACGAGACGGAGAGGAGACAGCGCAUAGCGGGUAUGAACCCAGCCACCAUCGCUAGAACACUCCGAGCGAGGCCGGUUGCACAAUCUGAACCGUCACACACCCAAUACGGACUUGUGACCCCCUCGUCGUCCGCUUCACGCGUAGGCAACACGAACCACAAUGCGACCGCGGGCCCCAGUCGUCAACAAGAGGUGAACGCCCAAGAGGACGAGUGGUACGAAGAGGACGAUCAUGACAUCGAAGAUAUGUAUUACGAAGGUACCCCAACGCCCUCCUACCACCGAACAACGCGGCAAGAUGACCCGAGUCGAUCCGCACCAGCGAUUCGCGCGAGACAGAACGCGGUACCAAGACAGUCCACCAGCGAAACAGCAGGGCAGGCAAACCCUACGCGGGCAACAGGGAACGAGUACCAACGUGCACAACGAGACGACGAGAGGAACAACACACAAACCCACCAGAACAACGUUGAUACGACCCCCCACAUCGAUACUGAAGGACGAAACGCACCACGUACGAGGUAUCAGAUACCAAGAAGACAGCCUCCAGCUGGCAUGACCAUACCCGCCCCAGGCCAUACCGGAAACGCGUACGCCAACCCACCACAGCAAAUGGGCGGCCAAGCCGCACCCGGCCAGGGAUCGCACGGACAUACGAACGGACACCAUGCACUGCCCAACGGUCCGAUAGCACCCAUGCACGUGCCUCAUGUGCACGCUCCACAGACCCAGGAGCCAGCGGACGGAUGGAGACGAGUACAAGGAAGAGACUUCUACUCGCGCUUCGUCAAUACCAGACGCACGCAGGUCAUCGACUGGUCAUCAGACAACCAACCGCACGUCCACGCACACGUAGCAGGACAUGGCACGAACGAUGAGGGGCAUGUAGGCAGAACGCUUGCAAUUCAAGAGGUCCUCCGAGAGCGAGGAAUGCCACACGCGCGUAUCACUCCUGCUGUACCCGCUAUACCGCAAAGACAACAUAACGUGGCACCGUACUACUAUCACAUAGGCAACAUCACACAGGCACAGGCGGACGAGCUCGUCAGGGAGCACUGGGUCUCAACGGCCAAUAUCACUGUCGGUUUCGAACUACCCAACCACGAGCCGCCAACACUGAUCGGGUUCUUCAGACACCCGGAACGCGUAGCCGAGCUCACGGACGAGGCGCUAGCGGAUGGCUUCCGUACAGGCUUUAACGACCAGGACCUCCUCCGUUUCACGCUCGAGACCAUCGACCGCGACAUCCGAGCGGGCGGAAGAUGGCGACACGUCCCCGUUGACGAGGCCUUCCAACAGAUCCGUCGUUCCGUCCGUGUACGUCUACUCCGUCGAAUUCACCAAGGCCACCCCGAUCCUAUCGCUGCACUGUAUAUUGAAUCACCCACUGCUGACCCCGGGGAUUGGAAUGCGUUCAGGGAACGUGUUCGCCAACACAUCUUCGGCUCAAGCCGCUCCGGCCCACCUGAAAUCCUAUGGGAGACCUUCCUCUGCGGCAUAUGCCAUUCCGCUGACCACCCUACCGGACUAUGCUACCUACCGAACGUACCUGAGCAGCCGCGCAAGAAUACGCUAGGCGUAACCCAGCUCCUCCAACUCAUGGACGCGGUGGCCGAGGAGGCGGCCAAGGACGUGGGGGACGCGGUAGAGGACGUGGCCGUGGAAAUGAUGCCUAGUAGCUUAUUGCAGCUUAAGGACUACGAGUAG